AUGGCGCGAACGAAGCGCAAUGUUAGCGUGCCUAUAUGGAAGGCCGCUGCCAACAACCAAUUUGGUUUCAACGAUAUCCUCCCUUCCAAUAUUGUGAAUGCGCUCCUGUUACUACCAUCCGGCCCCAAGUACCUGGAAGCGCCGGAAGCGCCCAACGGUAGAGAUGGUGGAAGCUUUGCGAAGCGUCGAAAGACCACAGUAGCGCCUCCGAGUAGCGCUAUAUGUCUGAAAAGAGGCUCCGUGUCUUUUACCCGUGCGAUCGAGCGCAGCGAGACGACCGACCAAGUUUCCGUGAAAUCCGACGUCGGACCCCACGUUAUCCUUCGAUAUGCUGGCAGCUUGCUCGGUCUUAGGGCCCGUAACAAGGCCCUGGGUCUUCCCGACUGCACUGUCCUAAUACAAGAAGAUCAUGUUGAUCCUGGAAUGGACCAAAUGUUCAAAGUCCUAUCGCAGCCAGUGCAACGGAACUCUCACGGAGUGCUGUGGGCGAAGGUUGACCUCAAGUUGGACAUUGUUCAAGGCAUGUUCACAUGUGCCUUCACAAUUAGCCAGAUGUGGAACGAAACGCCCUCUCCCUACUACAUUAUGCGGUCAAAUGUCGAGCGGAAAGAGAGCCAGGCUGUCAUCGAUGCCUUCUUUCCUUAUGCAGGAACCAACUCUUCUGCUUGGUCCCCCAUGGACUUUUACGAAGCCGCCCAUGUCCCGUCCAAAGAAGACCCUAAUUCUGCGUCUAUCGAAAUAUCUUCCUUAGAGGCCACGCUAUUCCCAUACCAGAAACGGACUGUCAAGUGGCUUUUGCACCGCGAAGGCAUCAGAUGCACACCGUCUGGCUUGGAACCCGUACCAGAGUCUGACGCGCAACCAGAUUCCGACACCUUUCGCCAGUUUGAAGACGCAGAAGGGAAUGCGUUCUAUCUCAGUGAUGUAUUUCAUGUGGUGACGCGAAACAAGGCACCCUAUUGGCUUGCAGACAGAGCCUUAAAAGGAGGCAUCCUGGCUGAAGAGAUGGGCCUGGGAAAGACACUUGAGAUCAUUGGACUUAUUCUUCUGAAUCAGCGGCAAGACGUCCCCCAGGACUCCCGGGACUUUCUAAUCCCAUGCAUGGACUCUGAGGGGCUUCUCAAAACCAGGGCUACCCUUAUCGUCACGCCGGAAUCUCUCCGGCAGCAGUGGAUAACGGAAAUUGCACGCCAUGCACCGUCCCUCCGGGUCAUUCACUAUCAAGGCUGCAGGAAACUCGAGGAAGAUGAAGAGAGCAAAGCAGUGGUGAAGCUUGCCGCGUAUGAUGUCGUCAUCACGACAUAUUCUGUUCUUUCCCAAGAGCUACAUUUCGCUACCGACCCACCUGAACGCUCGCGUCGCUUUGAACGAGCAUACAGGCGCCCAAAAUCGCCCCUCGUACAAAUAUCCUGGUGGAGAGUAUGCCUCGAUGAGGCCCAAAUGAUUGAGAGCGGUGUCAGCCAGGCCGCUUCCGUUGCCCGUGUUAUCCCGCGAAUCAAUGCCUGGGGCAUUACGGGAACACCGGUAAAGGACGAUGUCAAGGAUUUGUUUGGGCUAUUGUUGUUCCUCCGCUACCACCCAUACUGCUAUUCGAACCAAAUCUGGACUGCGCUUAUUUCCUUCCAUAAGCCUGUGUUUCAGAAGCUCUUCCGAUCGCUUGCACUACGACACACGAAGGCUCUUGUGCGAGAUGAGAUUCUCUUACCGCCUCAAAAGCGCUUUGUUAUUAGCAUGCCGUUCAGUGCCGUCGAGGAGCAACAUUAUCAGAGCUUAUUCAAAAACAUGGCGGAAGACUGCGAACUGAGUUUGACCGGGGCACCUUUGAUAGAUGACUGGGACCCUGAGGAGUACGAGGGUAAGAUGCGAACAUGGCUCACUAGACUACGCCAAACGGCUCUGCAUCCAGAAGUAGGUGUGUACAGCCGACGCCUCCUUGGAUAUAAUAAGGAGCGGCCGAUGCGCACCAUCGAGGAAGUGCUGAAUGCUAUGCUGGAGCAGAGCGAAGUAGCAAUUCGCAACGAAGAGAGGGCCUAUUUAUCUACGAAGUUGACUCGUGGUCAACUCUUUGAGAAUAGCCCUCGCGUCAAAGAGGCUCUCGCCAUAUGGGAAGAAGUCCAUGAGGAGACAGCGAAGCUUGUUGAUGAUGCAAGAGCUACACUCGCUAGUGGUAUUGAAGAGGUGAAAAAUUCUCGAGAGUCACAGCCCGGGCCUGUCGUUCACGACAGAGGCGGCUCCGAUUCGGAAUCGGAGAGCGAUGUUGAUGUUGUUGAUACGAGAGGAAAGAUUUCAGAGUUGCAACGACGCUUGCGUUCUGCCUUGGAAAUACACCACAAGGCAGUAUUCUUCUGCGCCAAUGCCAACUUUCAAAUGCGCGACAAUGCUGAGAUGACGGAGCCAGACUCGGAAGAGUUUCAUCGUCUAAAGAAACUUGAAGACGACGGUUACGAAACUGCCAAGGUCCUGCGCCGCGAGAUUCUGCAGGAAAGCUACCGCAAAGCAAACCGCCAUAUGUCCAGGAUCAAGAAGAAGGCCAAUAACCAGACGUUUGUGGAAGUGCCAGAACUUGUUGCCGAAACAGUAAAGGGCAUUGAGAGUGGCAGAGUUGUUGACCGACUGGAAGUGCUGUAUGAAGAGCUCAACGAGCAAGCCAACAUCAUGGAUGAAUGGCGAGAGCAGGUAGUACAGCUACUUCUUCGACCAUUGCUGGAUGAAGAGGAUGAUAUAGAGUUUACUGGCGAAGAGCUGGUGGAUUCUGCCAAGUUCCAAGACGAUCUGAUGGUUUACGUGCAGGCUUUGCGGAGUGUCAUUGCCGAUCGCCAAGAUGCUAUAUCCGGUCAGACGAACGAGCUGGUCAAACACGAAACUGAGACAAGUACUAAACUGGCGGAAAACGGCGGUGGUCCGGCCCCAGAGAAGAUGUUGGCCUUACUCGAGGCUAGGAAGCAGAUGAAGCCUCAUCGCUCGCAGAUAUCGAUGCGCGGCGCAAUCGGCGAGCUUCGUGGAUUACAGACUCGUCUGAAUCGAGAUGCUCCCAGUAGCAGCCGGGAAGCGGUUGAGCACAAGAUUGUAUCCGAUCAUCUGAAACACACACAAGCUCUGCUGAGCCAGCAGAACAAGGCAGCCACGGCGCUUGAGUCUGAAAUCGAGAGCUUCAAAGACGCCAUGAAUGCUCGUCUCGAGUACUAUCGCCAACUGCAAGUGGUUUCCGAUGCAGUGCUUCCGUACGAAGGCGAAAAGACGGCGCGCGUUGAGGAGCGCAUAAACAAGCUGGAGCAGGAUGCGCGCAAGAAGCUCCUCUCCAGCGAGGCCAAGCACAGAUACCUGAUGAACCUCAAAGAAAGCGGCGAGGGCGGGCCGGGCAGCAAAUCCAACGAGCCGCGCAUGUGCAUCAUCUGUCAGACGCCGUUCGUGACAGGCGUGCUGACGGUGUGUGGGCACCAGUUCUGCAAAGAGUGCAUGAUGAUCUGGUACAAGUCCCAUCGCAACUGCCCUGUGUGCAAGAGGCAACUUAAACCUGAGCAGCUGCACGACAUUUCCAUAAAGCCGCAGCAGCUGCAGAUCCUGAGCGAGAGGGGCGGCUCCGGCUCCGACAAGUCGCGGCUGGAGCGGCAGCAGACCAACGGCGCCCUGCGCAACGGCGUCAUCUACAGCGAGUUCAACGCGGACAAGCUGGCCGAGAUCAAGAACAUUGACCUGGACGGGCCGUCGUUCACGACCAAGGUGGACACGCUCGUGCGGCACCUGCUGUGGCUGCGCGAGUCGGACCCGGGCGCCAAGUCCAUCAUAUUCUCGCAGUACCGCGACUUCCUGACGGUGCUGCACAACGCGCUGCGGCGGUUCCGCAUCGGCUUCGCGUCCAUCGACGAGCCGGGCGGUAUCGCACGGUUCAAGGGCGACCCGGCAGCCGAGUGCUUCCUGCUGCACGCGCGCGCGCACUCGUCCGGGCUCAACCUCGUCAACGCGAGCCACGUGUUCCUGUGCGAGCCGCUGCUGCACACGGCGCUCGAGCUGCAGGCGAUUGCGCGCGUCGACCGCAUCGGCCAGCUGCACGAGACGACCGUGUGGCUGUACCUGGUGUCCGGCACGGUGGAGGAGUCCAUCUACAACCUCUCGGUGCGGCGACGCAUGGAGCACAUGGGUCAGACUGGUGGUGGGAAUGGGAAGAACAGCGGCAAGGGCCGGGGGGCGGCGGGUAAGUCCGGGGGGGUCACGCCGGCGCAGCCGCUGGACGCGAGCAUCGAGCAGGCCAACACGCUGGAGCUGGAGCACGCGGCGCUGUCCAAGCUGAUGAGCAGGGACAGGUCGGCGGGCGAGAUGGUAGACAAGGGCGACCUGUGGGAGUGUCUGUUCGGCAACGUCCAGGAUGGACGGGACGCUGCCGAGACCGUGGAGGGCGACGAUCGGUUCAAGGACCGGGCUGUCAUGUCAUACCUGGCUGCCGAGGCUGCGGGGUCUCGAGUCAAUGGGCAGCCGAACGCAUGA